AUGUCAUUGCUAAGACCAUUCCGAGCAACAGAUCUCUUCAAAUUCAACAACGUCAACCUUGAUCAUUGGACAGAAACCUACUCCCUCUCAUUCUACCUAUCCUAUCUCGCGCAAUGGCCAGAUCUAUCGUUCAUCCAGACCGCACCUGCAUCUGGAAGAACGAUGGGUUACGUCAUCGGUAAAGCUGAAGGCAAGGACGUAUCUCUUUCAACUUCUCUUUUUCCCUCCAGCACAACACGAAAGAAGGAGCCUCCAACAUUGCACGGCCACGUAACAGCCAUAACCGUCGCCCCCGAGUACCGCCGUCUCGGGUUGGCACAGGGGAUGAUGAAGUUGCUCGAAGAUGUUUCGGAUCGUGUAUAUAGGGCGUAUUUCGUGGAUCUUUUCGUACGACCAAGUAACACGACUGCGGUCAAAAUGUACGAGGGGAUGGGCUAUGGAGUGUAUAGGAAGGUCAAAGAGUACUAUUAUGGAGGAGGGGGAGGGGGGAGGGAUGAAGAUGGGUAUGACAUGCGGAAAGCGUUACCCAGAGAUGAGAAGGGAGUGACGGUGAGACAAAAUGGAAGGGAUCAUAUGGUGUAUCCUGAAGAUACUAUAUUCGAGCCUGCUUACAGGCCAUAA